UCAGGUGAACAAGUGGGGGACGUGGGCCCUCUCAUCAUUUGCGCUGCAGUCCGCCUGGCAGCUCUUCUGGCAACGUAAUCUGAGUUACGAUCGACCGUGGAGGGUCGCCCCGAGCCCGCCUUGAGAUGAGGAUGUGCGCACGACUGCUGGAUGCAGGACCGUGCGCUACUGGACGACACACCUUGUUAGCCCUGUGUCCUUUCCGUGUGCAGGAGCUACACGAUGUACACAGCAAAGCAGGAAUAUGACCUGAUGAUCGACGACUCAUUACGAUCAAUGAUCCGCCUGCCUUUUCAGGUGACCGCACAAUAAAUAUGGAUGCACCUUUCUCGUCUCUCUUCACAUUGACCCCCCUUCUGACCUCAUUCAAACGCUGUUACAACACCCUUCAUCCACCCCCUAUUUGCUCUUCAAUUCCCUUACUGCACCCCGCACAUCAUCCAUCCUUUCAAGAUGAAAUUCACUGCCAUCACCGUGGGUGCCCUCGCUGGGGCCGCAGCCGUCAGCGCCGAGUCGUUCUGCGACAAGUACUCGACCGCCCUGUUCAACUCGACUGAUGGGGCGCAGCAGCUCACCCUGCUCACCCUCGUUGUCAACUCCGCUUUGAUCGGCAACUACUCCAAUGCGACUUCUGCCAACGCACCCGUUAAGCCUACCGGGAUCCUGACCGCCAACGGUACUUUCAACGGCGUAAACAACAUCAACCUCCUCAAGUACUUCGAUGGUUCGCUCCUAUCUACGAACCGCAACGGCAAGGCCGUCUCUCUCAACUUCCUUGACGGUGGUGGAGCCACCCCGCUCAAGCAGAACAAGGCUGCCAACGACACCAAGUCGAACCAGCACAUGCUCAUCACCCACCUGUACUCGUACUUCGGUAGCCUUCUUGGCUGCAGCUCCGUUGGGAAGAAUGGCUUCCCGGCCUACGCUGGCUCCACCAGCCAAUACGACGUCCAUCGGUUCAUGAACCUUAAUUCUGCAGAGCUUGGCUACUUCAUCCAGGAGGUUGCCUACUCGGCAGUGUCCUUCGGUGUCAGCAUGGAAGACAUCGCGCCAGUCGGCCAAGCCCUCGGCACGUUCUUCAACAACAAGUGCGGUGCCCCCUUGGCAGUCCCUUCAAGCGCAUCCCCAGCCGUCCAGUCAGUCUGCCUCGACCCCACCUGCCCCGUGGCCGGCAACAGCACCUGCACCGCCAGUAACUCCGGCACCAACGGUACUGAUCCUGCGGCUGCCCCUGGUAGCAGCUCGUCGUCCGGCUCAGGUGCUUCAGGCAGCGGCACUACUGCCUCGUCCGCCGGCAAGGUCGCCUCAGGUGUUGCGGGCGCUCUUAUCGCCGGUGCCGCUCUCGCCAUCGCCACCCUUAUUUAAAGAAGUUACCGCCGCAGUCUCCCCUGGCUCCUUGAACGGACUCACAUAACUUUCUUGAUUGAAAUGAAGUGCAGACACGAAGAAGGCCUUCAUAUGAUCUUUCCAACACGGUUACUUCCCAUCCUCCAUCUCUCACAUCCAGGACUUUUCCUGACCGUCCAUCAACGUCACACUUUUGUCCGUUUACCCUGCUUCAUGAUGACCCAAGUGACUAUUGUCAAUAUCGGUGCUCGCGAAUGCGAAUGCGAAAUCCAUGACGUCGUCCUCCAAGCUCUGUCAUCAGGUGAUAGCUUCGCGUGCCAUCCAGCGUUCUCGAUCGUGUCUGUGUAUCUUCUGAUAGACUAUAAUCAGCCAGUCAUCCA